AUGGUCUUGAAACUCUACGGAUCGCCCGUCUCGACUUGCACCAAGAGGGUAGCAACCGUGCUGAUCGAGUUGAAUGUGCCCUUUGAGCUCGUGCCGAUCGAUUUGAGGAAAGGAGAACAGAAGACACCCCAAUUCUUGGAGAAGCAACCUUUUGGAAAGGUGCCUUACAUCGACGAUGAUGGAUUCAUCUUAUACGAGAGCCGUGCUAUUUCCCGCUAUCUUGCGACCAAAUACAGCGGUCAGGGAACGCAAUUGAUUCCAAAGGACCUGCAGGCUUGGGCGAAGUUCGAACAAGCUGCCUCUGUUGAGAUCUGUAACUUCGAUCCAUAUGCCUCCGGAGUUGUGAUCGAAAAAUAUUUCAAGCCCAUCUUUGGGCAGACCCCAGACGAAGCGCAAGCAAAAGAUUUGACCGAGAAAUUGAAUGCAAAUCUCGAUACCUACGAUCUCAUCUUGAGCAAGCAGAAAUUCCUUGGAGGCGAUGAAUUCACUCUAGCAGACCUUUUCCAUCUCCCCUUCGGCGCGCUGUUGCCUCCGUCUGGUGUGAAUGCCUUACAGGAGAGGCCAAAUGCCAACAGGUGGUUCGAAGCUAUCUCUUCUCGCCCAUCUUGGCAAGCUGUCAAAGACGGGGUGAAAAGCACCGCUUGA